UGGGAGCGCUGUAACGAUGGAUAAAAUGGAAGAUGAGGAAGAUGAGCAGUUCCUGCUGGUGGAGGAUGAUCGGAUGGAGGAUGUGAUUAUACUGUCAGAACCUAGCUCUGAUACUGAGUUUAAUGAAGAGCAAGAUCUCGUGUCGACUGACCGAGCUGCUAUAAUCGGCACCCUGGAACUGACCAGUGAUCCUGUUAAAAUAGACUACCCUGAAUCUGAUCACGUGAUCGAGGAAUGGAGUGAGGACCAUGAUAUCAGUGCUCCUAAUCAGAGAGGUCAAGAGGAUAGGUUGAAUAGGUCGACAUCUGAAUCGAGCGUGGACACGGGGUGCCAAACUGAAGAAGCCAGAUCUUACACGGAAGCUAUUGUGGAGAAUGUCGUCCAGGGAACAUAUGCUGGAGGGAUGUGCAUUCUUGAUGGUGGUUCCAAUAUUCUUAAAUCGUUAAAUAUUGGAACAGCUCCCGGGAAUUUCACAGGCACACUAAAAGAAGAUAUAACACAGACAGCGACUCACUGGUACGGUGUAAUAAAACACUACGGCAAAGAACUCUCCUUGGAGAGGAUCAAGUACAAAUUGUUUAUGUAGUUCCCCAAGAAUUGGCAGAUCUUAUUGUGCUGAUAAUAGAAUGAGUCAGAUUGGAUUGUGUUUACGGUCGCCCUAUUGUUUGGAAGUUGGCAUUCAUAUUGUGUCCAUGCGCGACGAACAUAAUUGUAUUUUGAUAUUGAUAGUCUCGGCGGAUAUACAUUAGAGAAUGUUUAUUUUUUGCCAAGCCCUGCUUGGAGAAUUUAGUUUGUUUCUAAAUUUUAAGUUGAUCACUAAUAGCAUGAUGGAUAGAGAUUAAGUUAUUAAAAUGUUGAUAUUUUCCUUUGCUUUUCCUUUCGCGACAGGAAAAUGUUAAUUAAUGAAAUAUCAUUAAUUACAUAUUGUACAGAAAUUUGUUAAGAUAUUCUACGCAGACAAACAUUGAGAUAUUAUUCAAUAGUAUCGUGAUUUUAUGAAAAUUGAAUAUGAACUGA